CUGCUGACUGACAGAAAUACAAUUGGCUCAGAGAUGAUGGUCACAUGAUCAAUAAUCUGCAGCUCACUCAGUUAUUGUUUAUAUUUAUUAAUGAAUUAUAAGAUAUUCUGUUUAUUAAUUAACUAUUAAAAUAUAUUUGUUUGUUUAAUAAUUUAUUAAAAUUAACAGUUUUAUAUUUGUCUAUAAUUUACAUCAUGUGACAGUUGAUGGUCCAAUCACAGCUUGGCUCCUUCUGAACCAAUCAGAGCGCUGCGUUGGUCCACUGCCUGACUGUAUAGAGGUCUAUGAGAAAGUUCUCAUGAGUUUGUUUCAUGAUGUUUAGAUGACAAACCAGCUGAUCGCUGUGACAUCACAGAUCCCAACAGGUCAAAGGUCACCUGUUAUUAUAGAUUCACAUCUGGAGUUUCAAGUCAGGAACAAACUUCGAUCGCCUUAAAAACAAAGUGAGAUGAAGAGAACGUGUUCAUGUUUUCAUCAGCAGUGAACAGCUGACCUUUAACUCUGAACUACACUGUUUACAUCUGUAUUCUGGUUUUAUUAGUCUGUCACGUGUAUUAAAUGUGCUUUAUAAAUACACUUCCUGUUUGUUGCUGCAGGAUUAUAUGUGUGUGUGUGUGUCUGGUCUGUAAUGAUCAGCAUGCUGACCAGGCAUGUGUGUGGAUUAUAAAAGCAGCUCUGAUUGUCUGAUCAGCUGUUUGAAGCUGCUGCUGCUCCGCUCAUCUCUCAGGUCCUCAGGUCGACAUCAUGAGUCCAAAACACGUCGUCUUCAAGAAAUCGUCCCACGACAAGUCGCUGGUGGUCUACAUGGCCAAGAGGGACUUUGUGGAUCACUGCGACUUUGUGGAUCCAGUCGACGGAGUCAUCGUGAUUGACCCGCUGCAGCUCAAAGGAAAGAAAGUGUACGUGAUGCUGUCCUGUACGUUUCGGUACGGCCGUCAGGACAUGGACGUGAUGGGCGUGUCCUUCAGGAGGGACCUGUUCCUAGUGACUCGGCAGGUUUACCCCGAGCUGCAGGACAGAGACAAGCUGACUCACACUAGGAUCCAGCAGAAGCUGCUCCGCAAGCUUGGGGACAACGCAUUCCCCUUCUUCUUCGAGUUUCCAGACAACCUGCCGUGUUCUGUGGCUCUGCAGCCCGGACCAACCGACGUGGGGAAGAAAUGUGCGGUGGAGUUUGAGGUGAAAGCGUUCCUGGGACAGAAUCAGGACGAGAAGAUCGACAAACAAAGUUCAGUUCGUCUCACCAUCCGUAAGAUCCAGUUCAGUCCAGAGGACACAAAACUGGUUCCAGUUGCAGAAACCACAUUUGAGUUCCUGAUGUCUGAGAAACCUCUGCACGUCAAACUGAGUGUGCCCAAAGAGACCUUCUACCACGGUGAGCCAGUCACGGUGAAUGUAGAAAUCACGAACUCGUCCAGCAGGAACAUCAAAGACAUCAGUGUGUCAGUUGAACAGGUGACCAACAUCGUUCUUUAUUCCAACGAUAAAUACGUCAAAUCAGUGGCCAAAGAAGAGACAAGUGACUCUGUCCCCUCUGGGACCAGUCUGAAGAAGGACUACACUCUGUAUCCGCUGCUGACUCACAACAAGGACAGACGAGGACUCGCUCUGGAUGGACGACUCAAACAUGAAGACACCAACCUGGCUUCAUCCAGCAUAGUGAAGCAGGAGGUGCUGAAGGAGCUCCAGGGAAUGCUCGUGUCCUACCGGGUCGUGCUGAGAAUGAUGGCGUCUGGCACGCUGACGUCCAGUGAGGUGUCUCUGGAGCUCCCGUUCCGUCUGAUGAAUCCGAACCCUGCAGCAGCCAAAGAGAGUGAGACAGAGGACAUGGUGUUUGAGGACUUUAAGCGAGCGUAUCUGAAGGGCGUGGUCUACGGAGACGACGACGAGUCUCCCACUGAGGCGUAAACUACAAAGAUGGCCGCCACAGACCAUGCUGUCUGUCUGUUUAAUUGUGAUUAAUAUUAUUAUUAAUAAUAAUAAUAAUAAUAAUGUUGUGAUGGUAGUUAAAAUCUGGCUAAAGGUUUGUUGACCUGAGAUUGUCUGAGCUGAUAUGUAUUUAUUAGUCAUUAAUAGAGCUGGGAUUUGUAGUCCGUAUUGGAAUGUUUGUAGUUCCUGACGAACAAAUAAAAGUUA